GUUAUUUGUAUUUCAAUAUUCUCAGCAUAAUUAAUCUUUACUGUCUGUGGCCCUUUGUGACGCCAACUGCCUCGGUUACCAUAACACCAAUAAAUAUUCAUUCCUCCUCCCCCGCGCGAUCGUCCAUCCAAGCGUGACGGCGAUCUGAUACUAUUAAUCCUGCCCAACACACCGGCUUCUUCAGUCUGCCAUAGUCUGUAUUCUUCACCAGUAGAUACACAGAACAAAAAGUAAUAGAGACACCUGCAUUCGCCAUGUCGAAAGCAAUCUUCCUUUCCAAAGUUGAAGGCAAGCCUGGGAAGGUUUACUAUCCCCUCUCCCUGCAGACUUUACCUCAGCCUACUCCCCAGGGCACGGAGCUGUUGGUGAGAAUGACCGCGGCGGCUCUGAAUCAUCGCGACGUUUUCCUGCGACAACACCUUUACCCUGGUGUAACCUUUGAUGUCCCCAUGGGUGCAGAUGGCGUCGGAACCGUCGUGGGGGCGGGCCCUGGCGUCUUGAACCCAGAGCGAUGGCAAGGGAAACGGGUCAUUUUGAACCCGGGAGUUGGCUGGAAGGACUCUCCUGAUGGUCCGGAAGAUCCUACCGGCUACAAGAUCAUGGGAGGUACCAAGUUCUACAAUAAGGGGACUUUGCAAGAUUAUAUCACAAUCGAGGAGUCGGAACUCGAGGAGGCCCCCGAACAUCUCUCCGAUGCAGAGGCCGCUGCUUUACCUCUAGCCGGGUUGACUGGAUGGAGAGCGCUAGUGUCGAAGGCUGGAGAGAAGAACUCCAGCAAAGGAGCCGCGAUUUUGAUUACAGGAAUUGGUGGAGGGGUUGCGCUGAGUACCCUACUUUUCGCGGUCGCAAGAGGCGCCGAUGUCUAUGUGACUAGCUCGAGCGAGGAAAAGCUUCAGAAGGCAAUUGAACUGGGUGCUAAGGGAGGUGUCAAUUACAAAGAGGAUGGCUGGGAGAAGAAGCUUCUGGGUAUGCUGCCCGGGGGAAAGAAGAACUUUGAUGCCAUCAUUGACGGAGCCGGCGGUGACUCCGUCGAAAAGUCCGUCAAACUGCUCAAGACCGGCGGUAUUCUCUCUGUCUAUGGAAUGACGGUCUCCCCAGUCAUGCCCUUCACAAUGACGGCUGUCCUCAAGAACAUUGAUGUCCGUGGCUCCACCAUGGGUUCUCGCAAGGAAUUCAAGGACAUGGUAGAAUUCGUUAAAUCGCACAAGAUCCACCCCGUGGUGUCCCGUACUGUGCAAGCUGAACUAAGCGAUGUCGCCGCCCUCGAUGGACUGUUCCAAGACAUGAAGGAUAGCAAGCAGUUUGGGAAGCUGGUCUUUGAAUUUGGGAAAUCCUCUGGAACGUGGAUAUCCAGUCAAACAUCAUUCUUUUGCCCAGCAAGACACAGAGUCAUGGACAUGGAUACCGAAAUGGCGCAGCAUUACGGCCCUGGAAUGUCCUUCUAUCUGUCACAUAUCAAUUCCGCAAGGGAAAGGGCAGAUAGAAAGCGAUCUCAACUCAUGGUUGGUAGAUAUUGCGCAACAUUGCGAGAAUUAUAUUCCACCAAUCAGAUGCUCCAUCGUAAAAUAAACCAGUUAUGCUCCGACAGCCUCCAACUCACUCGCGAUAUGACCAAACUCAAUCGACAUAUGGGUGCGUUCCACGGGGUCAUCCUCGAAACUUGCCAAGCAGAUACCCUUACUCGUUUGAUUGAAUCGAUCUACGAAAUUCACGGCUGGAAAUUCCCUGGGGGACUGAUGUUGGGGGAGCAUGUGGACCUGGAUCGGGAGACUCUCUCCCGAAUAUACACGGAAGCAGCGAAAGAUGUCAAGAAAGAAAUGGUGACAAAGAAAGCCGUCGGUCUAUCCGAAAAGUAUCAUGUUGCCCUCCAAAGAUACGACCAGGUAAGUGCACCGAAACUGGUUGCUGAUUACCUUCCCAUUUAUCGCGCCACCUCCUUACGAGGGUGCGUAGAUUGUCCACCACCGAAGCGCCAGUCCUUUUCGAACGGAAUGCAUAUUUGCUCGAUGGCUGGGGGCAAAGAAGUCCACCCACCCAGGCAUGUAUCAAUUUUGGGAGCGACUGUUUCCGGUGUGUUAUAA